CGUAAUGUGUCGAUCGGGAAAAACAAGUUGUUGUACUUGGACAUAUCAUUCAAUAAUUUAUCUGGAGGGCUUACGAAUUGUUGGAAGAAUUGGAAACUCUUUGGUUGCUGUUCACUUGGGAAGCAAUAAUCUAUCAGGAAAGAUACCUUCAUCACUAGGCUUCUUAUCUAAUCUCACCUCACUCCAUUUGCAUGAGAAUAAACUACAUGGUGAGAUUCCUCUGUCAUUGCAUAAUUGUCGCUCUCUAUUGGUUUUUAAUGUUCGCAAUAACCAAUUAUCAGGAAACAUACCAGAUUGGAUAUCUCAUGGUUUAUUGGCUCUCCAAUUAAGGUCCAAUCAUUUUACUGGUAAAAUCUCACCGCAAAUAUGUCAAAUGUCUUCCAUCAUUGUGUUUGAUAUAGCACAAAACACAAUCUCCGGUCAUAUACCCACUUGUCUUGGUAAUAUCAAAACCCUACUUUUCAACAAUGUUUCACGUAACAAGCUUUCUUUUCAAUUUCCUUCAUCAUCUCCUGAUCGUUACUACAUCAACGAUGACAAUCUUGAAUUGGUUACUAAAGGUCAAGUAUUAGAAUAUGAUAGCAACCUACACUUUAUGACCUUAAUUGAUAUGUCAAGUAACAAUUUGUCCGGAACAAUACCUCCGCAACUGUUUAGUCUCAUUGGAUUGCAUUCCUUGAAUUUAUCCAACAACAAAUUAGCAGGAGAAAUACCAAAUGAGAUAGGAAAUAUGAAAAACUUGGAGUCCCUCGAUUUUUCAACAAACCAACUUGGGGGAGAAAUUCCUCAAAGCUUAUCCACAUUGUCCUUUUUGAGUUACUUGAACCUGUCAUUCAAUGAUUUGACAGGCAAAAUACCAUCAGGCACACAACUUCAAGGGUUCUCUGCACUUAGUUACAUUGGCAAUCAUGAUCUUUGUGGACUCCCACUUACCAAAACGUGCUUUCCGGAACAUAAAGACAAAGAGCUUGUGCAUGAAGGUAGAAAUCAAUUUAAAUUUUUGACAUGGUUUUACAUCGGAAUGGAAUCUGGAUUUGUGACAGGCUUUUUGGGAGUUUGUUGUGCUAUUUUCUUAAACAAAAAGCUAAGGCAUGUGCUUUCAAGUUUCUUUUCAAGUUUCUUUAUGACUUGAAGAGAUGGACUUUAUGUCAUGGUGGCGACAAAUAUUAAUCGUUUCAGUUCAGGUCAAAUAAGUUACAUAACAAUACUGGUAUUUUUCAUUCAUAAAAAAGGGAAGG